AUCGGCUAGCAAAAGGCAAUUCAAAAAUCCUUAGUUAACGCUAACGUAUAUCCCAAAUUAUUUCUUUUGUUACAGUGUUAGGUUAAGGUUUCCGGGACUGUCCAAACACAUAACAUCGACAUUAGCAUAUCUUAACGGCAGAUGUGACUGUAUUAUUACUUAAUUAUUAUUAUCUUGGCGUAGUAGACACUUGCUAAGAGAACUAUCAGUGUAUCUGUGAAAGUGACUAAAAUCAACUCGGGGUUAGCCGGCUAGCAACAACUGGAGAUGUAGUUAGCUAACGAAUGCUAACUGGCAAGGUACUGUAACUUGCCUAAGCUAGCAUCAAACCCAGUUAGCAUACUCUGUAACGCUCUUUUUUCCUACAGGUCGUACAUGGGUGUACAUUUUCACCUCACACUUACUAUGGCCUUCAUCGACGCAUCUCUAGCUCACAAAACCUCGGACCUCGGACUUGCCUUAGGAAGCGUAACCCCGACCCGACGCCAGGGAGGCAGAGGUACAAAGCAAAGAGCCCAUCAUAAAUCACAAUGAUCCCCUUGGCUGGUCCCGGUAACGGUUCCCAACGGCUGCUCGAUGUGUCGGACAAACCAGAGACACUGGAGAAGAGGCAAGAUAUUUGAGGAGUGAAGUAACACAGAGCUUUAAGGACCGAGUCUUUCAUCCAUCCCAACCAGAGGAGCUGCUCUCUGCAAUCUAAUUAUCCAAUUUGUGCAGAGCGUCAUGCUGGUUAAGUGUGCCUAGAGUCAGGACUGUAAGCCAUUCAUAAUGCUUCCAUGGUGUGUUGUCUUGACAAAGGCAUUACUGCACAAUACAGCAGACAGCUUAAUGCGGUGUAAUCGUACAGACGGGAUGCCUCGUGGAGACUUCAACAUUUAUUUUGCCAGCAGCAGACGAGGAUAUGUCAGAGCUGAGGAGGCGGUGGGUAUAAUUCUGCUGGUGGUCAUCCUGGCAGCUCUCCUCAUCCUGGGCUGCUGGUACUUCAAGAAGAGGAGUGGCUACAAAAUAAUCAGAAGCCCCAGAUCGGGUUCACCACGUCAAACAGGAGGCCACUACUCAGAGGCAGGACCUUCAGCAGAAAACAAGAUGGCUCUCACUGACUUUGGCAGCUUCCAUCCUGCGGUUCCUAAUGCUCCUCCAGCCUAUGAGAAGAUUUCCUCAGGGCCACUGCCUCCUCCCUAUUCCCCCUAAAGGGCCUCUGUAGAAGACCGACCGUUAACUGAAGAAAGGAAAACACAGGAGACCAAAAUCUGAACUUCAUCUGUUGUCUGAUGACAUAUAAUCUGAUGUGACUGUCAAUGUUUUCUGAUUAAAUCUAUCAAUAGGUAAACUUUUCUAUCCCUCACUUUGUAAAAUUAUUCACAUGAACAAAAACAAUGUAUAUACUGUAGAUUGUUUCAAUAAACAAUAAAAAUGAUUUCACAAGAGUCUCUGUACAAGGAA